CAACUACAUAGAAAAGGAGACAUACAUGCGUGUCUGAACUCGAACGACACAGUGAUGAGUGCGCUGCAUGCCAAGUCCGGCGUCAUGCACCCAGAUUGGCGUGAACUCACAGGCCCUCACUCAACGGACAAAUACGGACACGCAUCGUGCCAACCGGCCCACAAAGCCAGGCCAGUAUAGCAUGUCGUAGAGCUAAUAAAAGCUCUGCACUCACUCUAACUCACUCCGGGGGCAGCAGCCGCACCUCUCUCACAUCGUCAGCAAAGACGGCAUCCGCCCCACACGCAGGGCAGCGCAGCUGUGCGUACCGCCUCACCUCCUCAGGCACGGGCCGCCCCUCGCCCUCCAGCCGCUCCUUCGUCGCCUUGGCUCGCUCAUGCCGCGAUCUCCAGUCGUGCCAGCAGCCCUCGCAGAGACACUGCUGACGGCAGGGGAAGAAUGUGACGACGGGGGGGUCGCGGCACGCCACGCAGCCGCCGCCGAUGCCGUCCCGCCGCUCUUUGUCCUCAAGACGGGCCUCCGUCUUGUGGGCGUCCUUCGAGAGGGCCUGCAGCUCCUGCUGCCGUGCCAGCACCUGAUGCUUGAAGGCCUCAAUGGCAUCGGGCGAUGAAAGGGAGAAGAGACGGUCCUCAGUCAACCUGAUAGACACACACAUACGGGAUGGACCGAUGAAUAGAUUGGUGGGUGAGAGUGUGGUUUGUAUUGAUGGUGUGCGCCGACCCACCUGGUAGCAGCUUUCUGUUGGAGGUCUUGGAACUCUCGCUCGAGCGGCGCAGUGGCCUUGGCGGCUUCGGCACAUUCACGCUCAAGCGAUGGGAGCGACGCAGACAACCUACAAAGAAAAGCAUGGACCAUCCAUCCGUCCGUCCAUCCGUCCAUGUGUGUGGCUUGGUUGAGUGGCGCCUGUUUCACCCACUCACUUGUUGAUGUCUCUGUUGAUGCUGUCAAGCAUGUGUUGCAGCUGGUCGGCGUCAUCGAUGGUUGAUGGGUCCUCGAGCGAUACAGAUGCAGAUGCCGGUGCAGAAGAGCUGGGUGGAUGAAAGGUAUACACACAGGACGUGGCCGUUUCCUUCCUCCGUUUUUUACGGUCCACCCGCCUUGUGGAGGUGGCCAGUCCGAUGCGGCUCCGCUGUGUGGCCGCUGUGGGCUGUGUGCUCUUUUUGCCGGCCAGCAUCAGCAGCUCCCCCAGCCGCUUUGCCUCCCUGCUGAUCUUGGCGUCGAACUUACGCACCUCUUCCGAUGUCGUCAAGGACAGCAACACUGCCCGGCUCAAACUGCAGACGGACAGAGGGACACACAUGCAUGUCGCGAAUGGACACACUGCGAUCCCUCCCUCCACUCGUUCGCUUACUCAGGUGUGACGUAGUGGAGUCUUCUGAUGGCCUCUCUGAGCUCCUUCUGCCGGCACAGCGCACGCUGAUGUGAGGCCUCCAAGCCGGCAACAGUCGACUGAAGCCUGAUGGGUGGAUCGAUGGAUGGCAUACAAAUAGAUGGAUGCACGCGCUCUUGUCCUCUGGCUGGCCAAUUGUGUGUUGGUUGACCUGUGUUUCUCUUUGACGGCCUCACGCACGGUAGCCCGAAGCUGAUCAAAAGGCGAAGGAGUACCCUCAUCUGCCGCCAUGCCUGCCUGUUUUUGCAGUGCAGGGUCCUCUGCGCCUUGUGCGUGCUGCACAUGGGCUGAGGACGACUCGCUCUCAACACACCUGACCCACUCAUCCACACAUGACAGGAUCACACAUGAGGGGGCGAUGCCUCGUAAGCUUGUUGCUGCGUACGGUGAGUCGCCCGAGGUGUCGGGUGUCGAUGGCGCUGUGGCGGCGGCAUCGCCAGAGGGUCCCGUCAGCUUGCCUUUCUUCUUGUUUUUGGCUUUGGCUUUGGACUUGUUCUUCUUGCCGCCUGGGCCGCUGUUGGUGGUGCUGGUGUCCUUCCCAUCGCCGCCCUCUAGCUCUUUGACGAGGAGCGCAUCCAUCCGCUCGUUCUCCCUCGACUCAAUCGAAUCGAAGAGCUCCAGCACCUGCAAUGAAAAAAACACGUACAUACGUGCACAUGCACAUGGAGGGCUAUUCCCAGCCCACGGACCUGCUUCAGAACGUUUGUUUGCGUCGUCUUGCCGCCGCGUUUGCCGUGCUGCUGCUUGGCGGAGCGGAUUCUCUUGACUGACGGCAACUGAGGAGAGGAGGCAAGACAGCAGCAAGCCAGAGAUGCAGCGACGCCUCUUACGGACCUGCAGGAUGUGACUCGUGACAGAGUUCUGUGGCGAGCUGCGGCUGAUCUUCCCCUCGCUGUACCUGCAAGGCAACGGAAUGCUCACACUGAUUGCCCCGUGCCUACCAUGCACACCAUGCAAUCAAUACCUGACGAGGUCCUCCAGGAUGUCAGAGCAGGUGGUGACGGAACCUUCGGGGAGGGCGAUGGCGCCCUCAGCGUGCCGCACCAACAAACUGCAGACGGCCUCAGGCACGCCCUGUUUCAACAGCGACUGCAAACAGGGGAAGGAGGGAUGAAUGAGUAGGCCCUUGUCUGUCUGUCUGUCUAUCUCGCCCAUUCACUGACCUGCGAGUAGCCCUUCCCGCGGAAGGGCACGAUGACGAGCUCGAUCACCUUGGCGGCGUCAAUCCCGUCAUGUUUGACCAGAAACGUCACACAUGUGGCAACAAAUCCUGCCUCCACCAGUGCCCCGAGUUGAUCCACCUCUGCAAAGGGCACAGCACCAUUUUUGUGUCUGUGCGUGCGCGUGUGUGUUUACUGGCGAGGCAGAAAGCGACAUGGAGCAGAAAGCUGAGAUCGGUGAUGCCCCUGUCGAGGAAUCGACACUGCGCCGCCUUGGACAAGCACCACAAUGCAAGCGGCGCGUCCAGCAGGCGGCGAAUCGGCCCGUCUGGCUGGAGGAUUGUGUCGACACGACUGUCAGGAAUGCCCACAGCUGCAGGCACACAUACACACAAGAAUAUCGAAAUAUCGACCCGCCCUGACACACACACAAGAGUUCGUUCGAACUUGUCUUACGGAGCUGGAGUGGAAUUGGGUUCACCGCCAGCCAGGCGAUGUAGUUGAGACAGAAGGUCGCCUCUAGCCUGGACAGAUGAGGCGCCGCGGCAUCCUCCAGCUCGCUGAUAUGAGACGCCGCGGCACCCUCCAGUACGCCGAUGCAUCGAUCGAUCUGUGGAUAAAGGUGCUGCUUGACCGCCAAAUCAUACUCGUGUAUCAGAGCAUCGCUCCUGUCUGCACACACACACAUACGCGCAAAAAGACAAAGGCAGAUGGACGAACACAGGGCUUGUGGUUACAUACCAUUUGAGAAGACAGCUGCCGCACAAGCAGAAAUGCACUCCCGCAGGCGGCCGGCCGGUUUCGGUCUUGGCAUUUCAGCGACUGUACCGACCAGCUGCAAAAACAGCGACGGGUGCACCGGUGUGCGGUGGUCGGCAGGCGUGAGCACGGUGACCAAAAAAUUGACCGCUGCCUCCUGCGUCCAUCAUACGUACGCACAUAGAAGUAUGGGGGAACCCGUGCGGUGUCUGUUGGUGUGUACUCGCACCUACCUCGUCAAUAUGAGCGUCCUCGGAGAAAUUGCGCAAUACUUCCAGCAGCCGCUGUGCCUCGCCGAUGAAGCCCUUAUGGCCAGCCAAAAGUGUGUCGCGAUGCGCCUCGUCCAUCUUGACCGCCUCUUCGAGGAGCAUGAACAUGACCGCCCCGGUAGUACUGGAUAACUUGAGAGGCUCUCUGCAACCCCGAGGGCAGUCUCGAAGCAUGUGACACAUCUCGUCGAAGGAGCCGGCCAGAGAGAGCAUCAGCUGACAGGUCCUCCGAAGCCGAACGAAACACAAGGCCAGCAUCACAACGUAGGCGACGGUGCAGUCAGCUGAUUCGCACCACGUCUGGAAGACGCAACGAAGGUGGGGCUCCACAAACCCAACGUCCAGCUGAUGACGGACAUCUUUAUCGGCGGAUGACUGAGUGAUAUACUUCCGCACGUAGAACAGCUGCUGCUCCAGCUUGCCUCUGUCAGUGGUGGUGAGCAGGGCUGACAGGACGGCAUCCAGGGGUGGCAGAUCCGUCGCAUCAUCCAGCUCGCUCAUCCCUUCGACAAAGCAGCAAGAUCUAGUAGCCAGAUCUGAGGGAGCAGUGACGUUAGGCGACCGCUGGGUCGGCGGCGUUCCGGUUCCGGCGUUAGGAAAAGGGAGGGGAAAGGAGAGAACGAACGCCG